AGUCCCUCAUUGCCUCAUUGUAACAGGUUUCUUCUGUUCGGCGUCGGUUAUUUAUACCACAUAGUAAUCUUUUUUUAUAGGCUAGGCAAUGAAUUGCAAAAUAUAUUGGUCUAUACAUAAAUAUGUAGGUGUGUAUGCUCAAAAGUAGGAUGCCAGCUACCGGAAUCGUGGAUAUCCCCUUCGUUACGACACACUGCUGAUAAUUAGGAUGUUUGCAGCUGGAGAGUUAUGACCUCACAAACCCUCCCCUGUUCCUUCUGCGAAUUUCUGUCUCGCAUGUCGUUUUUUUUGCUUGUGCAUUCUGGACAAUGGAAAUCUGACUUUAGCUCUUCUUGGAACUAUUCUGUGAGUGUGUGUGUGUGUGUGUGUGUGUGUGUGUGAAGCGAGAGACCGGUGCAGCGCGAGAGGAAAACGCCGGGGCUUAGGACAUGGGGGGAAACAAGAGCAAACCCAGAGAGCUUGGCCAGCACCGGAGUUUGGAUGGUAACGUUAGCAUGAACAGUGGGGGUGGCAGCACUGUCGGACAUCACCUCAGCUUGUACCAGCAAAACUCAACACCCAACCAGAACCCUGCAUUGGAUAGCUCACGGCAUGGCGCCCAGAAUCUAACCAAUAAUUCGGAUCUGCCCUUGUUUGGAGGAGUGAACAGCCUCACAUUAACAGCAGGAGGCGUGACUACAUUUGUGGCAUUGUAUGACUAUGAAUCACGCACUGCCUCUGAUCUGUCAUUCGGGAAAGGAGAACGGCUUCAGAUAGUCAACAACACGAGAAAGCUGAACUGCAGGGAAGGAGAUUGGUGGCUAGCCUGUUCACUGACCACAGGACAACGUGGCUACAUCCCCAGCAACUACGUCGCUCCUUCUGACUCCAUUCAGGCUGAAGAGUGGUUCUUUGGAAAAAUCACUCGUAGAGACUCUGAACGGUUGCUGUUGAGUCUUGAGAACAGAAGGGGAACUUUCCUGGUCCGAGAAAGUGAGACCACCAAAGGGGCCUACUGUCUGUCUGUCCUGGACUACGACAACGUUAAAGGGCUGAAUGUGAAGCAUUACAAAAUCAGGAAGCUGGACAGUGGCGGUUUUUACAUUACCUCUCGCACACAAUUUAAUAACCUUCAGCACCUUGUCAGCCACUACCGAAAACAUGCUGACGGUUUGUGCCACUGCCUGACCGAUGUGUGUCCCGUGCUGAAACCACCACAGACUCAGGGUUUGGCUCGAGAUGCCUGGGAAAUCCCCCGUGACUCUUUGCGCCUUGAAGUAAAACUGGGACAGGGCUGUUUUGGAGAGGUCUGGAUGGGGACGUGGAACGGGACAACUCGAGUGGCCAUUAAGACUCUGAAGCCGAGCACCAUGUCUCCAGAAGCCUUUUUGCAGGAGGCUCAGGUCAUGAAGAAACUACGACAUGAGAAGCUGGUGCAACUGUACGCUGUGGUAUCUGAAGAGCCCAUUUAUAUUGUCACUGAGUAUAUGAGCCAAGGUAGUCUGCUUGACUUCUUAAAAGGAGAAAUGGGGAAGAUGCUGCGCUUACCUCAGCUUGUAGACAUGGCCUCACAGAUUGCCUCUGGCAUGGCGUAUGUGGAGAGAAUGAAUUAUGUCCACCGAGACCUCAGGGCUGCCAACAUCCUGGUGGGAGAGAACCUGGUGUGUAAAGUGGCUGAUUUUGGCCUCGCUCGCCUCAUAGAGGACAACGAAUACACUGCGAGGCAGGGUGCCAAAUUUCCUAUAAAGUGGACGGCGCCAGAAGCUGCUCUGUAUGGACGCUUCACAAUCAAAUCUGAUGUCUGGUCAUUUGGGGUUUUACUCACUGAGCUGGCCACUAAAGGCAGGGUGCCAUAUCCAGGCAUGGUAAACCGUGAGGUGCUGGACCAGGUGGAGCGUGGCUACAGGAUGCCGUGCCCAGCUGAGUGCCCCGAAUCACUGCAUGAGCUCAUGCUUACAUGUUGGAGAAAAGAACCUGAGGAGAGGCCCACAUUUGAGUACCUGCAAGGCUUCCUGGAAGACUAUUUUACCUCUACAGAGCCACAGUACCAGCCAGGAGAAAACCUGUAAAGAAAAUCCAGUAAAGUGGUUUUAUCCAGGAACAGGAGAGAUGAAUCAGGCUUCCUGAACUGUGCUUCUUAAAAGAGUAUGGGAGUUAAAAUGACCGUUUACAUGCACAGCGAUUUUCAAUCAAGUGCUAACGCUAGGUAAUCACUAUGUUCAUUUUAAAGUCCCAAAGAUCAUUUUGGGAACCGCAGCAGGCUGGACAAUGGAUGACAGCAAAUUGAACAACUGCUUCCGAGGUGUACAUAAUUAAAGAGAAUUGUAAAUAAGAACCGAAUAUUUAAAAUCAAGUCUCGGCAUUACAUAAGCAAAGCAGCGUUUAAAUUUUACAGAUGCAGAAAAUAAGGUUUGAUGAUAUACUGCAGUUAGAAACAACGCAAGUGUCUGGUUACAGUUCACUUAUGUGAUUAAAGGCAAAGCCAACCAUUUGUUUGUUUUAAUUCUAAUAUAUUUGCCAUUUGUUCAUAUUUUAUAUUAUGUUUGCAGGUUUAAAAUAGUUGGAAAUGAUUUAAAGAAGGUGUCACACAUUGAUGUAGUUCUAACAAGCAGUUAUAUGUAAUAUUUUACAACUGUAGUAACUGUAAGCUCUGAGGAGGAAGGGGGAUUUAGAAAAGAGAGAGGCUGUGCUAUACUAUUCUACUUUGCACAGUUCAUAAACAUUUUUUGCCUUAGAAUGCUUACCAUAAACAAAACAGAGAAAAAAACUCUUCACUUCCUAUCAAAAAAGACUGUCAAACCAAUGCAACUAAUAGAGACAGUGUUGUUGCUUCUUAUUUGCCCUGGCUGUUUUAUAGGUCAGUGAAGAUCAAUCAUUUUCUUCCUUUUUUAAUAUUUCUAUUUCAUCUUCAACUUAAACACCUCAACUGAGUCCUUUAUCCUGUUCCCUCACAUCAGGAUAUGCUAUCAGCUCAUCCCUUUAUUACUCACAAGGUAUACCAGCACCAGGGAUCAGGAGAAGACCCUUUAAGACACCCGCUUAUGUUUCAUUUUAAAGUUUUAGAGGAGAAGAUGUCUUAAACUGUCACUGUCUUCCAAUACACAUCUGAUUGAAUCCUUUGAAUGUUGCAUGGAAGAUGACUUCCGAUCUCCUGGUUCACUGUUUCCUAAACUAGGAUCAACUGGAAAAGGACAAAGACUGUCAAACAGUGGUCAUUUUUGAAUCAUACUCACACGAUCACCUGACACAUGGACUAUUGAAUAAACUGUAGAAAUGAAGUGUUGGAGAACAAACUUCAAAAUAAAGCAGCUGCCUUUAAUACA